UCUCAGGGGCUGCAUCCUUUCGGCUGCGUUCGAAGGUCGAAUGCAUCACAGCGGUGUAAUAAGGCUGCCCCAUUUCGCAGCCCCCUUCAAAUGCGGUCAAGAAAGGACGGAGCACCCGACAUAUCCCACGAUUCACUGCGCAGACGUAAAGUGGGUGUGUCCCGGCUAGGCAAUAGGAGCGGCGCUUCAUGAAUCAAGGAUGGCCGACAAGGGGGCUAAAGGGGAGUCUGAAGCAGCCUUCGCCAAGAGGAUCGAUCCCAAGAAAGAACAUUUGACUCCGGAGCAGAAGCAGUUUAUCCAGAGGGUGGAAAUGGAGCAGUGGAAGAAGAACAUGCAGAAACUUCGGGGCCGGAACAUAUUAACUGGCCUAGCAAUUGGAGCCAUGGUGAUUGGCAUCUAUAGCUACACGUUUUAUUCGGUGUCACAGGAGAGGAUCAUGGAUGAAAUUGACAAGGAGGCCAGCGUUGCCCAGAUGAAUAGGGAGAAGACUGCAUCCAACUAACGUGGAUCUUCACGUGGACUGUUUCCCCUGGCGCAGCUUGUACAGAUUGAUGCUGGCCGGCCAAGCAUUGUCCUGUUUCCACUAGGGUCUUUCCCAUGUGUUACUAUGGCCAGGAGAUGCUGCUUAACGGGAUGUUAUGUGUUGUGCCCUUAAAUUGACAAUUUCUUUAUACAUGUAUAGCUUUUUCUGAUUUCAUCAGAGUGCUGUUUGUCCAAAUUUAAAUACAUGUCUGACACAUUGUGAUUGCAUAAAUUCAAGGGAUGUACUUUCAAGUCAAACUUAUACUUCUUUGAUUUCCAUGAUAUUUUUCAUGCAUCAAGUGUGAAGGUCUGAUGUACUUUGUGUGGAUAUUGAGAGGCUCUUCAGUGUGUUUAUUUAAACUACUGCGCUGAGAAAUAUUUUUCCUCUUGCUUUUUGAGGUUCAAUAAAUUGGGUAAAAAUAAUCUCCUAA